UCCGCUUGCCAGAUCACAGAGCCCGAAGCCAAAGGUAAUCCAAUCCGCACAGAAAUCCCCAUCUCAAAACCCUAGCCCUCAUCCCCGAUCCCGGCGAGAGAGAUGGCCAACCCGAGGGUGUUCUUCGACAUGACCGUCGGCGGCGCGCCGGCGGGGCGCAUCGUGAUGGAGCUGUACAAGGACGCGGUGCCGCGGACGGUGGAGAACUUCCGCGCGCUCUGCACCGGCGAGAAGGGCGUCGGCAAGAGCGGCAAGCCGCUGCACUACAAGGGCAGCGCCUUCCACCGCGUGAUCCCCGACUUCAUGUGCCAGGGCGGCGACUUCACCAGGGGCAACGGCACCGGCGGCGAGUCCAUCUACGGCGAGAAGUUCGCCGACGAGAAGUUCGUCCACAAGCACACCAAGCCCGGGAUCCUCUCCAUGGCCAACGCCGGGCCCAACACCAACGGCUCCCAGUUCUUCAUCUGCACCGUCCCCUGCAAUUGGCUCGACGGCAAGCACGUGGUCUUCGGCGAGGUCGUCGAGGGCAUGGACGUCGUCAAGAACAUCGAGAAGGUGGGCUCCCGCAGCGGCACCUGCUCCAAGCAGGUCGUUAUCGCCGACUGCGGCCAGCUCUAGAUCCGGCCGCCCGCCGGUCGCCUUUCGCCGUCGUCGCCGUCGCCCCGUGUGUCCCGUGUCGUGUCGUCGAUCUAAAUAAGAGAGUCGUGUGUCGUGUGUCGUGUCUUCCCCUGGUCCGUCCGAUGAGAUCUCCGUGGUUGGUUUAGGAGGGUUUUAGGUGGACUCUUUGGGCCGCUGGAUCUGCGUCCGGCGGCCUUGGUUAUCUUCCUGUGUCUGCUGCUAUCUUACCGUUUGAAUGAGAUGAACUCCGCUAUGAAUUAUCCGUAA